AUGUUUCGCUUAGCAUUCUCCUAUAUGCAUUACAAUACCAAAUUGAUAGAAUUACUGGAAGAAUACGUACCUAAUUGUUUCUUUGCAAUUAGUUUAAAUCAGCAUAACAACUCAUUUUAACUGGAAUUCCUGAAUCAACAAGCCAAAACUGAACUAAACAUUGAGGAUACAAAAUCGAUGAUUGAAAUUUUGAGAAAUACCUAUGUCGUAAACAAGGCUUAAGUUCCUAUCUAGGUUGACUUAUGCUAGAUCCCAGUACAUAAAUCUGGAGACAUAUCAAUAAAAAAAGCAGUGGUGAAAAGAUAAACACUAGAAGAAUAUUCAUUUUACAAAGUGAAAUAAAAUUUAUCAAUGAAUUAAAGUGAUAUUUAAAUUAUUGAACAAUUAGAUGGGAUUUACUUUGAUAAUUAGAAGCAGAUUAAUAAUAUUCUGAACAUAGAUGUCAAACAAAUGAAUUAUGGAAAAAACUAUUUGCUAUUUGUUAUAAAUAAAGAGAAACCACAGUAAAUGAUGACGAAAAGUGAGGAGUAAAUCAAAUAUCUGAAUAAGAUUAUUCUGUAUGUGGCAAAUCAAUUAUCUGCAUCGCUUUCUCAAUUUUCUAAUGCCAUCCUAUCACUAAAUUAUUCCACUUUUGAUAAUGAGAAGUUGUAGUAUCUUAAAUGCUAAAAUAUAUGGAUUAUGAACCAAUUUUAAAACUUUUACUAUUUUGUAAAUGCUUGCAAAAUAAACAAUGAAAUCUCCAGUUAUAAAAUUGUUAAUUUAAAACAAUUUAUAAGCAAUUUAGAAACUUACUUUUCAUUUAUGUCGAGCUACUAGAAUAAAAAGUUUAUAACUUAAUUUAACUUAGAGGAUUGUAAUAUUAAAAUUAAUUCUUAAUUUCUCUCCUAAAUAGUAGUUAACAUUUUUGAAUAAUGUUUGACUUAAGCAGAUAUAACUACAACAAUAACAUUAAAUAUUUCCACUGAAAUGAAUCUGAAUCCCUUGAGAUAAGAAAACAAUAAUCUCUAAGAAAAGAACAGCAUCUAAGAAUUUGAGUUUAUAAAGAAAGUGGUCAUGGAUUCGGAGGAGAGUCCUAUGAAAACUGACAAUCAGAAGUUAAUUAAAUUUGAGUUUACUUUUUUUACUGAAAAAUAUAUUGAAUUGCAACCGACUUAGCAAUUGAUCUUAAAUCCUUAGACUUUUGAAGAUUACCAAAGUAAUAAUAAUUAAGAGUUUCUAUUAAUUUAUCCUAUUACUAAUUUUCUACUAAAAAAGAUAGGGCCUUACAAUUUUGUUUAGUAAUUCUAAAGUGCUUAUUACGACAACAGCCCGACAAAAUAAGCCUUAAAUCUAUUCCCUUCCAUGAUGGAUUUAUUCUAAGGUCAAAAUUUAUAUUAAAAUAAACUCUCCUUCUAUGUUUACUCUGAUUAAACUUUAUUAACUUAAUCAUUUAUAAAAUAUGUGCAGUAGAAAUCGUUUUUGGAUUCUUGA